GUUAAACUAACCAACUGUUAAUAGCCUCUGUUUCCUCUAAAUGCUCCAGAUCAGUUUAAAACUACUUCUGGCCUAAUUAAUCUGUUGUCUUGAGGAGCAGAAAGAUGUGGAGCUGUCAACACGUGCUGUUCAUCAUCUGCACUCUGAACUGUGUGAGCGGUGCUGCAAGUUUGAUCCACGUGUUUGGAUAUGAGGGCAAAGAAGUUAAAAUUUCAUGCCCAUAUAUUAAGGAUUAUGAGAGUUUUAAAAAGUACUUGUGUAAGAAUGGAUGCGGCAACCGCGAUGUUCUAAUUACCACAUUACAAAGAAAUACAAGCAAAUAUUUAAUCUACGAUGACACAAAGAAAACAAUUAUCACAGUAACCAUCUCUGAUCUUCGUUCACAUGAUGCCGGGAAAUACUGGUGUGGAGUCACCAGGUUGGGUAAAGAUCUGUACACUGAAGUAAAGCUGGAAGUAAAAAAAGACAGAUGCUGCAACACUGUGAGUAAAAUCCAAAGUAUUGAGGAAGGUUCAGUGUCCAUCAGCUGUCCGUAUGACUCUGAGUCUGUCAACAACCUGAAGUACAUCUGCAGAGGAAACCGUCCCUCCACAUGUCUACAGCAGGCAGUAAUCACCUCUGACACCAAACAAAAAGGACGACUCAGCUUCAACAGUGACACAAACACAAGUAUAUUUAAAGUGACUAUUUCCAAACUGACCCUGAGGGAUUCUGGGCCAUAUCUUUGUGGUGUACAGAGAAACUCAGGAGUAGAUGUUUUCUCUGCUGUUGAGCUGGAGGUCAAAAAAUUGGAGUUAUUCCACAUCAGUGGCAUCGUGGGACAUCCAGUGACUCUGCAGUGUCCCAAUCCACCAGAACAGCGCGAUAAAAAGAUGUUCCUCUGUAAAGGAGACCAACACAACAACUGCACAGACAUAAUGGAAAAUCGAAGAAAGUUCAUGCUGCACAAUGUUUCCUCCAGCUGUUUCUCUGUGACCAUCACUGACCUGGAAGCAGCUGAUGCAGGAACAUACUACUGUGGUUCAGACUCUCAGCUGAGCUACAUAAAGAUACAGCUGACAGUUGUCUCUACAGAUCAAAGCAGCACUGUGUCUCCGAUCAUCACUGAUGAGCAGAUUACAUCUCUGACAACAUCCCCACAUCUGACUGAUGUGACUUUAUUUUACAUUCUGCCUGCAGUCCUCGCUCUGCUGUUGAUCCUGGUAUUUCUCCUUUGGAUGGUUUUAAAAUACAAAUCAAGGAGCAAGAAAGUGGAUGGAGUCGGACUGAAUGUGUUGAACUCAGAUGUGGGGAUGAUCAGUAAUGAUAUAUAUGAAUUACAAGAGAAUGCGUUUUACAUGAACAUUUCCAGUCCACCAAACAUGUCGAAUCAUCAUGAUAUCUACAGCAACAUCCUUUACAGGAACAACCUGUCACAAUUAGGAAACAUGUGACCAGAGCUUUCAACAUCUUAUUUAACAGCUAAACCAGCCAAAUGCUUCUUUUUUCAUUUAGAUGUUUGAGUUUUUUCAAAUGUGACUUAAGUGUGUUAAAGCUACAGCAAAGUGAAGACACAAACACCAAAAAAAAAUCACAAUGAAUACAAAUAAAAAUAGUGGCUUCAGCUGCACACUGAAGAUCAUGCUAUUUGUUAGUUGUUUCACAAUAUGUUCCUUUUGUGUGUCUGAAACCAUGAAGGAAUUUCAAAGUUUCAAAGAAUUUACACAUAAAACCAAAAUUUAUACCCCUGGCAGAUUUAGGUUUAAAGUGAUCAUUUAACAACAUUUUCCUUCUGACUAGAAGUUAUUUGAACAUUUCGAGUUUCCCAGUCAGAAUCUUGACUUGGAUCUUUAGACAGCUAAAGAUUAGGGUGAUGGCAAGGAGUCCUUCCAACCUCAAACGCUUGGGGCUCAGUGCAGAAGAUGAAUCUGUCAUGUUUCUAGAGCACUUCCUGGCCCACAUGAUGAAUCAGACUCAGAGAUCAGACUAAAUUUAAAAUAGGAUUUAUUUACAAUGAGCUACAAUGAAAAAGGUGCAAGAGGGAGAGUUCUGCAGCAUCUGGGAAAACAAAAGUCCAGUUAGUCGAGGCAGGUAGGAUUAAGCCAAAUAGGAACCCCUGCAACACAGCAGGAUGGCCCACUGUGUUGUUGUCAGAAAAUGAUUUUGAGCAGAGUUUGAGAUCCUGGUGAUAUCUGGUAGAGGCUUGUGUGAAGACAGGUUCUACUGUGAGCAGAGCUUGUUGAAGGUUAGUGAAGAGGGAUAGAGGGGUUAGAGAGCAGGUAGGCAGGUGACGGCUGAGGAUGUAGAAGCUGCAGUGAAAGACAGAGGAAGGGUUUCUUGGAGAGAUCCGUUUUGGAGAGGCUUGAAGAGGUAACUUGGCCAGACGUAAGGCCACCAGUAGAGACUCAAUUUAAGAGGCAUAGCAGACACAAAAAUUAGUUCAAGGCAGGCGAGGUAAAGCACAAAAAUUCAAUUUUCUCUGGAAGACAAGAUUUGGCUUGAAUCUACCAGUGAGGUCAAGCAUCAGGAGAAGAUUGGUCUUCAAGCAGCUCCUAAAAACCCCAGCAACUGAUGAGAAAAUUGCAGACAGGUGUGUGAACUUCAGCUAGAAGCCACGCCUUCCAGCAGAGAUCCUCUAAGAAAAAACCUUACACUAUUCACACUCACAAGCACACACCAGGAUCAUGACAGAAUCCCCUUAAUACCAGAGCAAACAUGCACAAGACGGGUCAGCAAUUAAAAGAAGGGUUUGAUUGCUGCAAGGCAAAUAAAGAUUUUUUUCAUCAGUUAAUAAGAAGUGUAUAAAUGAUUUUAAACAUGAAGUUUUUAAAUGUAAAAAUGUAAAUAAAAAAUGCAAAUUUUCCAAACUGA